AUGGAGAAACAAGAUCCAUCUCAACCUACACAUCAAGGUAAUGAAAAGAAAAAACAUUAUAGAGGAGUUAGGCUGAGACCAUGGGGAAAAUGGGCAGCUGAAAUAAGAGAUCCUAAGAAAGGAGCAAGAGUAUGGCUUGGCACAUUUGAAACAGCUGAAGCUGCAGCUAUUGCUUAUGAUGAAGCUGCAUUGAAGUUCAAAGGAAACAAAGCCAAGCUUAAUUUCCCUCAACUCAUUUCUCAUUUGCCGGAUUCGGAUCCAUUGCUCACGCGUAAUAAAAAUAACAUUUCAUCUUCAUCUUCAUCUUCGCAGUGUGCUCCACCAAAAUCUCUUUCUCCGUUGUCAUCAACGGAAAAAGAGAUGUUUCCAAACCUAAUGCAAUAUGCGCAAGUACUUUGUAGUAAGGACGAUGAAGAUCUUCGGCGUGCUACUACAUGUCUUUACAAUAAUACUAAUAAUAAUAGUAAUCUUCACAAUAAUAAUAAUGAACGAUUUCGUUAUUAUAAUUUGCCGCCAUUCUUCUCAUCAAUGGCACCAUCUUCUACUUCUAAGGAUGAUGUUGUGUCUAGGGUUGGAGAUGGUCGCCCUUUAGAUACGAGGAAUGGUCUUGAUGAAAGGAACACAAAAGGGUCAUAA